AUGGCUAUCCUAGUCAUCCUCGUAUCGUCACUGCUGCUGCUCGCGGCGCUACCGACACCCACACGAUCCCACGGAUCUGACGAACCGCGAAUCACGCCCCCCGGGCCAUCUCGCGACGCGGACGCCAGUAUGUACAUCGUGCGCCUGCACUCCGCGCCUCCGCUCGCCGCAUACCGCGGCGAAAUCGCCGGCUAUCCCGCCAUCGUACCUACCAACAGCGGCGACGAUCCACGUGCCGACGGGGAAGACGACACAUGGGCGACGCUUCAGCGGCCCGCGGUUGGCGCGAUUACCGGCUCCGAAAAUUCGCGAAGCGAAGCAGGCAGCAGGUCCGGGAAUCCGACGCUUGAGACUCCGAGCAGUCUGAAGGCGGCGACACUGGGGAGUUCCGCGGCUGGGGGUGCGCGGAUGAGCAUGCGCGCUCCGCACGUGCGCGCGUACGCGGAGUUGCUGGCGCGGAUGCAGGCGGAGGUUGCUUCGGAAGUCGGUAUCGCGGCGGAUAAUAUCGCGUACAGCUACAAGCACGUCACCAACGGAUUCGCCGCGCUGCUCUCCCCCGCGCAGCUCCACCGCCUCGCGCGCCACCCCGCCGUCGCCUCCGCGCGCCCCAGCCGCCCCCUGCGCCCCGACACCAUCGAUUCCCCCGCGUUCCUGGGGCUCGCGGGACGCGCAGGCGCGCAAAACCGCGCCAACCGCGGAAGCGAAGGAACGUGGCGCGCGCUUGGCGGGCAGCGGAGGGCGGGGGAAGGGAUGGUGGUGGGCGCAGCAGCGGGCAACAGCGGCGUGCCCAUGGCGGGCGGCAGGGCGAGCGGCAUGGCGCCCGCAGCGCGCCUCGCAGCCUACAAGGUCUUCUGGUACUCCCAAGGCGACCGCCCAGAGAUGCGCGCUCUGGGCGGCGAGUCUGCGGAUCUUCUGGCGGCGGUGAAUCAGGCUGUAGCGGACGGCGUGCAUGUGCUGUCCAUAUCCCUCUCGGCCGACGACCCUGAAGCCACGUACUUUGAUGACGUGGCGUACAUGAACGCGAAUCUGGCUGUAGCGGACGGCGUGCAUGUGAUGUCGAUAUCCCUCUCGGCCGACGACCCCGAUGCCACGUACUUUGAUGACGUGGCGUACAUGAAUGCGAAUCUGGCAGGGGUGACAGUGGUAAUGUCAGCAGGCAACAACGGGGCGCCUCUUUCAAACCCCCUGGGCACAUACCGCACCAUCGCCAACUUUUCUCCCUUCUACCUCACAGUGGGAGCAAGCUCGAUUAUACGAGGAGGCGUGUCUCUCGCCUCCUCGCCUGCAUCAGACGGCGAAUACGGGAGCAGCGAAGCAGAAAGUGACAAUCAGCAGGAAGCGGAAACACACCUCAGCACUGCAGCAGCCGCGACCACAGUAGGGAAAAACUCAACAGACACCAGCAGCAGCAGCACCACCACCACCACCACCACUGAGUCAAGACAUGCUCCAUCCAUCACAGCAGCACUCCCAUCUGCCACAGCCGCUGCUCCAGCCGCUCCAGUAGUAGCCGCCUUCUCCUCCUCCGGCCCCCUCCACCGCCCCUGGUCCCGCCCUCCCCCGGGCCAUGCCUCCAACAGCCUCUUAAAGCCCGACAUCAUCGGCCCAGGCGUCGACCUCUGGGCGGCAUGGGUCGGCACGGAGCCAGGGAAGGCAGGGGGGAGGGGCAGGCGAGGGGGGGAGGCGUCGCAGCUGUCGGGGACGUCGAUGGCGACGCCUCACUUGGCGGGCAUUGCUGCUCUCAUCAUGCAGAAGCAUCCCACGUGGAGCCCCCCGCAGGCCGUCGCGGCUCUCUCAUUCAGCACCGCGGUGAAGGGCGCUGCUCUCUCCACUCGCAAUUUAGUGGCUGCCGCGCCAAUCGUCCCUCGCGGGCUCGGCGUCUCCGCCCUCCUAAACUUCAGCAACUCCGCCGCUCCCGCUAAGAACGUCCCCGUUAAGAAGCAGCUCCGCACAGAGGAUGGGAUUUUCGGCACUUCGGGCGGGUUCGGCUUCACCAAGGCCAACGAGCUCUUCGUGGGGCGCGUCGCGAUGCUCGGCUUCGCCGCGUCGCUCCUUGGCGAGGCCGUCACGGGGCAGGGCAUUCUCUCACAGCUCAAUCUCGAAACCGGCAUUCCCAUCACGGAAGCCGAGCCGCUCCUCCUCUUCUUCAUCGCAUUCACCGUGCUCGGCGCGAUCGGCGGGCUGGGCGAUCGCGGGCGAUUCGUGGACGACGAGCCGGCGGGACCGCUUGUCAAUCCCGGGAGCUUCAAGUCGGCGCUUGGGCUGAGCGAGGACGGGCCGCUCUUCGGGUUUACCAAGGCGAAUGAGCUGUUCGUGGGGCGCAUGGCGCAGCUAGGGUUCGCCGCGUCGCUGAUUGGCGAGGUGGUGACUGGGCGGGGCGCGCUGGCGCAGUUGAAUAUUGAGACGGGGCUGCCGGUUUGGGAGUUGGAGCCGCUGCUGCUCGCGAGCAUCGCGUUUUUCUUCGUCGCGGCGAUUAACCCCGGUACAGGGAAGUUCAUUAACGACGAAGAGUAA